CACGUUUAUUUGAAUAAUAUUCCUACUUUGACUGAGCUAUUUUCCUGAUAUAGUUUCGUGAAUAACACAUCGUAGCUCGAGCAAGUUGGAAGAAUAAUUCAACAACGCUUUUCAAUUUUCUACUUGUAUUUAAAAGGAAGUUUCAAAAGAAUCAUGAUGUUGUACUUCUUGCUGCGUUUGACUUGCAAACAAAAUAUGAAGAAUCCUGGUUUCAUUGUUGCCAUCUUGAUGACUUUUUUCUGUGUUUUAGUGUUAUCAUCAAAGAACAAUGAUAGUCUAUCAAGUAGUGAAGAGACAAUUGUAAGAAUUAACUAUUCUCCCAGGAGGUUCCGUUUGUUUGAAUCUACAGUCAAAUUGACUUUUCUUUUUGGUCCAAAAAAUACAAGGAAUCUUUCAGGGGCAGCUGUACAGCUGAAAAUUUUUAAAAAAUGGAAGGUCGUGAGUAUAUUGAAGUUAAAACUAUUUAAAAGAAGUUUAGAAAUUCCGUGCGAUACGUUUUCUGUUCCUGGACGAUACUUUAUUGACUAUUUCAUCCCAAAUAUAACAAAAACCUACAUUCCCAUGACAAACCCUAUUGUGGUUCGUAGUGAGAAAGUCUUGAUAGGCGUUAAGAAAAACCUUACAGUAUUUAACGGACCUGUCUCAGCGCUAUUAUAUAGCAGAAGUGGGCGAUGUAAAGCAUAUAAAGGAACGCUAUAUCUCUACUGGAGAAAGAAGAACAAAGAAAAUAUUUUAGUGACUAGCAAGAAGGUUGAUAAUGAUGAAGUUGUAAACAAAAUUCAAGUCAAUUUUCGUUGUAAUGUGAUUGAUACAGCCGGAGUAUUUUAUUUCAAGUAUACCUCUGAUUAUAACAACGUCACAAUGGCUGCAAGUUCUGAAAUGCUCGUUAAUUGGGGGAAAUACAAAAUGGAAGCUCAAUCAAAAAAUAUAUUUCCUUGUUAUCAUUCAUUUGCUAUCAAAUAUUCUUCACCAUUCUGUGACAGAAAUGAAGACCAUGUUGAAGUACAGUCAAAAACUUAUAAAAAUGUUAUUCAUACUCAAACUGCCUUCCAUGGAUUUCGUUCUGUCUUUUUUUCAUGUUCAAUAUUCAAAAGAUAUAUUCGCGAGUAUUGCUUUUAUUACACAACAAAAUCAAACCUGAGCAAGAAGAAAAAGAUACAUGCAAGUCUUUGUUUGCCCUCAGAAAAAAGAGUGACGAUAUUAACGGAUUGGUCAGAAUGGUCAUCUUGGGGGACUUGCAGCUCAUUAUCAGAAUGUGGUGAAGGAAAGAGACACCGGCUAAGAUUUUGCCCUUUGGAUGGUUUUUCCAAGUAUCCGGAAAAAUCUAAAUGUAAGGGAGAACGCACCCAAUCAAAAUCUUGCAAUCUAAAGCCAUGUAAAGAAUGUGAAUCAUGUGGCUGCGUCUUCACUAAAGCACAAGGAAUCAUAGUUUCCGGGAAAUUGUCGAGUUUUCAUAAAUCUGUUUGCAAUUGGUUUAUUAACGUUGAUGGAACAAAAAAAGUGAAAUUAUGGUUUAACUCUUUGAAAAUUUUUCUCAACUCCACCAUUAUUGUACGUGAUGGAAACAUUUCAAGUUCCAAAAUACUAAAAAAAAUUACCCAUUUAAGUGAAAGACUUCAAGAUGACAUUUACAGCUCAACAAAUGUGGUUUCUGUAUGGUACAAUCAUUAUGGAGUUUUCAAUGAUCAAAAUAACUCAAGUUUUCAACUUUCGUAUACAAGUAUUGUUCGAAACGAUGAAAAUGUUUUCCCAACAUCCAAAGCCAGUUCUUCUCGACUUGCUAAAAUAACAUUUUAUAGCAUUCUAUGUUUUCUUGUUGUUUUAACGCUUGUUAUUGGGACAAUCGUUGUUCUAAGAAUACGACGUCAACGAUCAUGUAAAAGAUCAGCGGAAAUAUCAUUAACUACACGUCCUACUUCAUCUAACAGAAGUACUGCAUGUGCAUCUGAGUCAACUGUCAGAUCUUGCUAUGAAACGCAACUGUCGGCUGAUGAAAGCGUCGCUAAUCCAGUUAUUCCUUGUUAUUAUAGACCAUCGCAUUUUGAUAUAGUACCUUCUAAACAUAUUUGUCCAAGAUGUUGCAGAAUGUGCAACAAAAUUACGAAUCUAAUUUUGAGAACAGACACAUGUUAUAUUACACAGCUCCUUUAGAGCACAGCUUUGCAGGCAGACAUUCGUUGCAUUCAACAUUAUAGUUUACUCAAUGAAAUUACGCAAGAUAUUUAUAAAGAAAUUGUAGAAGAUAAUAUUUAUUUGCUAUGACUUGUGGUUAUAUGAAAACUAGAGUACGAUUGAACGCACAUUUUUCAAUAAUCUGUAAAUACUCGCUAACGCUGAAAUAAUUUCAUAUUUGUAUCAUAAAUGAUAUAAAUUAUCUCAUUUUGUGGAAAUACUUGAAUAACAGAGAAAAGUAGUUAACCAUCAUCAUCUUG